AUGGCAAAAGAUUAUUGGCGUUUAUUGCUUGUUGCCCUAAUGGCGUUAACUGAAGCUGUUGCUCACGAUUUGCGACAUUUGAACGGGAACGCGACGAGACACCGCAGGAGUGGCGGAUAUCCCAAGUUUCCUCAAGAGACAGCGGAAGACGAUUCCAGCAGUGCAGCCGUCAGUAUAGAGAGUCUCAGCACAGAUGACUCUGACGAGUGCGGGACCAGGAGCGUCGUGUAUCAGCCUCAGCGAUCUGGCAAAAUAGUCGGCGGGCACGAACCACCUUAUGGGGCUUACCCGUGGCAGGUCGGUAUUCAAGUAUAUAGUUAUGACAGCGGACAAUUUGAUCAUCAUUGCGGAGGCGCUGUCGUGGGUCAUAGACUUGUCUUGACUGCCGCUCAUUGUCUGCAGGUCCCACUACCGAUAGAACAAUUACGGCUUGUUACCGGUGAUCAUCGAUUAGGGCGAAAAGAUCCACAUGAACAUAUGUUUCGCGCAGAGAAAGUUCUAAUUCAUCCUGAAUUUCGAAAAUAUGGGCCGUAUAGCAAUGAUAUCGCUUUAGUACUAGUACGUGCAGCAUCUGAUUCGGGAAUCGUAUUUGAUUCACAUGUGCGGCCAAUCUGCUUACCGGAUGGUACACCUACGCCGCCCCCAGGUACUUGGUGCUCUGUAUCUGGGUGGGGGGCACAAAAAGCGGAAGAUAAAAACCGACCGGCGCCCGUACUACGGGCGGCUGCUGUGCCAUUGUUAGACUUGCGUACCUGUCGCAUGAGUGGUGUCUACGGCGGCAGACAGCAACCUAUUUUGGAUACUAUGAUUUGUGCAGGAGUUUUGCAAGGUGGAGUAGACGCUUGCGGCGGAGAUUCGGGUGGGCCGCUCGCCUGCGAGCACGGAAACAAGUUCGUCUUAGCUGGCGUCGUAAGUUGGGGCGACGGAUGCGCGAAGAGGAACAGGCCGGGCGUGUACACGCGCGUCGAAUCAUUCAUCGAUUGGAUUCAUUUGUCUAUAAUGCGCCUUGGUGUCAUACGGUGA